AUGGAGCAUCCCGUUAGUAUUUCAGAAGAAUUACAACGAUUUGUCGUCAAAGACGCACAACCAACAGCCUAUUACAUUCCAGAUUUCAUAUCAGAGGAGGAGGAGGCCUAUCUCUUACAACAAGUGUAUAAGGCACCAAAACCUAAAUGGACUCAGCUAUCGGGCAGAAGGCUGCAGAACUGGGGAGGAUUGCCCGAUUCCAAAGGAAUGCUUGCAGAAAAGAUUCCUGACUGGCUUUUCAAGUACUGUGAAAGAAUCUCCUGUCUUGGUGCAUUUGGUGGAAAAACGGCCAACCAUGUAUUAGUGAAUGAAUAUAAGAAAGGAGAGGGGAUUAUGCCUCAUGAGGAUGGCCCUCUAUACCACCCCACUGUAACCACGAUCAGCCUGGGCUCUCAUACCUUCCUUGACUUCUACAGACCUGUCAGCUACCAAGAGACAGAGGUCCCACAGACGGAGGAGAGCCGGUAUCUCUUUUCUCUGCUGGUGAGACCAAGGAGUCUUCUGAUUCUCCAAGAUGAUAUGUACAAGCAUCUCCUCCACGGUAUCCAAGCCUGUGACCAGGACAUAGUGACUGACCGUGUCAUGAACCUGUCUGCUGCUGAGGUCCUGCCAGGGGCAAUGCUCCCCCGAGGCACCAGAGUGUCCCUCACCAUACGACAUGUCCCCAGAGUCAUUAAGGCCAAGCUCAUGUUUGGGAAGAAAUGAAGAGGAACUUGCCUUAAAGAACUGUGUGUUAACCUGUACUGGUUUAAUGGUUUUA